AUGAGUGAGACAGCACUGGAGGCGCGUCGCAGGGAGGCGCAGGAGGCGCACUCGGAGGCGGGCGAGCUCCGGAGGCAGCUGGCUCUGGUGCAGGGCUGCGCCGCGCUGCGGGGGCACUGGCUGGGCGCUGGAGCGGCAGGGAGCCUGUCCAGCAGGGAGCCUUCUGCCGAGGACGAGCAGCUGCACGGCAGGGAGGCGGCGCCGCAGGGCCUCACCAGCUGGUCGCAGCUGGCGGCCGCAGAGGCGCCGCCCACGCAGCAGGCGGAGGGGCUGGGGGAGCCGCGCCAAUCACCGCCGCCCAGCUCCACCGGCACGCGUUCUACGGACAGCCUGGAGCGUGGAUCGAUGGCAGGUGAGGAUCGCCUGCGCAGCCUCGAGGAAGGGAAUGAGCUGCAACGGGCGCGGCCGGGAGACGCCGGGCGCCUGAGUCCAUCCGGGCAGGUAGGUGGUGCUGGAGAGGGUUUCUAUCUACAAAACGCACAGAACCAAGAAGAGUGGGGCCAGUUGAACGUAAACAGAGACACACGUUCUGCUGACAGAGGUCAGGGUUCGCUAGUGGCUGAUGACGACGAUGAUGUCAUAACAGAGAAUGCUAAUAAUACGGAAACUGUUGGCAACUCGCCAGGCACGUUUUCAGAAAGCAAGUCUCAAAGCUGGCAUUCAACCUACGGGAAUAAAGAAGCUUCUGGCCGAUUUAGGCGUAUAGAUGCGUUAAGAAGUCCACGUUCACAGGUGGUCCACCAUGUUGUUGACAUAGAACCUGAUUUCAGUAGCGAUUUCAGACGGAGGGUUCCGAGAAGAAGAUCACGCUUUGGGAUGGGAGUAGAUCGAAUAGGAGAAGAAACAGGGUAUCCUUUAAAUUAUUCAGUCCCCAGUCAGCAGAUAUCGAGUUUCACUUACUCUAACGAAGGUGGAAACCAGUCUUGGCCAGCGUCGUACACCGAGAGAAAUCUGGACAACGCCGAAAUUACGCAGGACGUCGUCACUUGGGGCAUAACAGACAUUAAGGGUUCGGUGUUCGACAAAGUGAGGGAUCCCGAGGCGCCUAGAAGUCCACGUAGCUCCGGUACGAGGGCGAGAACGACGAAAUCGCGCUCGGUGAGGGCGAAGAAGACCUGGUCCAAACCGAGCGACGCCGGCAAGCUGUCUUCCGACACGAGCAGCGUGGAGUCGCCAGAGCGGAAGCCGGCUGGCGCCAGCUACUACGACAGGAUGGCGCAGCGCAUGGGCGGCGACUUGAGGGCCGUGCCCACCGGCGACCAGCGACCUACGGGGCAGCCCGCGUGGUCGCUCAGCCCGGUGCACGGAGAGGAAGGGCGCGGCGUGCGGAAGACGGCGUGGCGGCGGGUGAGGGCCAAGGCGAGGGGCAGCCUGUCCGAACAGACCGCCAGCGAGCUGGAGGAGAUCGACAGGAGGCGCCAGCUGAGGCAGCUUCAGCAUCUAGAAACUACAAGGGAGUGAAUGGUUACCCUGCAUGUUGGAAACUGAUCAAGAAUGAAGAGGAAGUAUGAGAAUAAAAAAAUUGUUAGUGUGAAAUAAACUGAAUAUUUUAACUUUAAA